CUCCCACCGGAGGAGUGGCGUUGACAGAAGGAUGGUCCAGCAGAUAGAGGCGGCAGCAUGCUGAAUGCAGUGGCCGCACAAUGCCACAUAGAAACUUCCCCCAGCAGUGGAAGUAGACUUCUUCACCUUCAUGCCACCACAGGGGUGACAACACGAGCCAAACUCACAGAGCCUGAGCACUAGAAGUACAGCGGUCCAUCAGCAGCAGCAGCAGCAGCGGCUCUGGUGAUCAGCUCUGCUCAGCGCCUUCAGUAUAAGGAGAUUUAUCACACGCAACCUGAAGACAUGAGCAGCACUAAGAAGAUGGAGGAUGAGGCGGUGCUGGACCGGGGGGCGUCCUUACUUAAGCACAUGUGUGACGAAGAGGAGGUAGAAGGUCAUCACACCAUUUACAUCGGUGUGCAUGUGCCCAAGAGCUACCGGCGUCGGAGGCGUCACCGUCGGAGACCCAGCCACAAGGACAGGAAGGAGAAGUUGACGGAGAACGCCUCUGACAAGUCGGACACGGAAAACAACGAUGAGGCCAGCAACAGCAUCCUCAAACCUCUCAUCUCACCGGCAGCCGAGAGGAUCCGCUUCAUCCUGGGAGAGGAAGAUGACGGCCCAGCACCCCCACAGCUCUUCACUGAGUUGGAUGAGCUCCUGUCGGUGGAUGGACAGGAGAUGGAGUGGAAGGAGACGGCCAGGUGGAUCAAGUUUGAAGAGAAGGUAGAGAAAGGAGGUGAACGCUGGAGUAAACCCCACGUGGCCACGCUGUCCUUACACAGUCUGUUUGAACUGCGCACAUGCAUAGAGAAAGGCACCAUCAUGCUGGACCUGGAAGCUUCCACUCUGCCUCAGGUGGUCGAGCUGAUCACCGACAACCAGAUUGAGAUCGGCCAGCUGAAACCGGAGCUGAAGGACAAAGUGAUGUACACCUUACUACGGAAACAUCGUCACCAGACCAAGAAGUCCAACCUGCGCUCUCUGGCCGACAUCGGCAAGACGGUCUCCAGUGCAAGUAGGCUGUUUUCCAACCAGGAGAACGCUCGCAGCCCUCUUGGCAACUCAGUGACCUGCCUGUCGGGUCGCAUGUCCAUGGAGGACUUGUCUACCCAAAGGAGUACCAGCAUGGACUGGCUUAACAGUCCAACCACAACUCACAAGAACCUGACCUCCAGCAGCCUGAACGACAUUUCUGACAAACCGGAAAAAGAUCAGUUGAGGAACAAGUUCAUGAAGAAGUUGCCGAGAGACGCAGAGGCCUCCAACGUGCUGGUGGGGGAGGUCGACUUCCUGGACGCGCCGUUUGUAGCGUUCGUUCGUCUGCAGCAAGCUGUGAUGCUGGGAGCCUUAACAGAGGUUCCUGUUCCCACAAGAUUUUUGUUCAUCUUGCUCGGCCCCAAAGGCAAAGCGAAGUCGUACCAUGAGAUCGGCAGAGCGAUCGCCACACUGAUGUCCGACGAGGUCUUUCAUGACAUUGCGUACAAAGCCAAGGACAGACAAGACCUGCUGGCUGGCAUCGAUGAGUUUCUGGAUGAAGUGAUCGUCCUUCCUCCUGGAGAGUGGGACCCUGCCAUCAGGAUAGAGCCUCCUAAAUCCCUCCCUUCCUCUGACAAAAGGAAAAACAUGUACGCAGGAGGAGACUCUCAGAUGAAUGGAGACAUGCCUCACGAUGGAGGUCAUGGAGGAGGGGGACACGCUGUAGGGGACGAGCUGAAGAAGACUGGAAGGUUCUGUGGGGGUCUCUUACUUGACGUCAAAAGAAAAUUGCCUUUCUUCAUCAGUGACUUCACCGAUGCAUUUCACAUUCAGGCCUUGUCGGCCAUCUUGUUUAUUUACCUGGGAACUGUGACAAAUGCCAUCACCUUCGGGGGUCUGCUGGGAGAUGCGACAGAAAACAUGCAGGGUGUGUUGGAGAGUUUUCUGGGCACAGCGAUCGCUGGUGGGGCUUUCUGUAUGCUGGCUGGCCAGCCUCUCACCAUCCUCAGCAGCACCGGUCCUGUUCUGGUGUUUGAACGGUUACUCUUCAAUUUCAGCAGAGAAAAUGAUUUUGACUACCUGGAGUUCCGGCUGUGGAUCGGCUUGUGGUCGGCGUUCUUCUGCCUGGUGCUUGUGGCCACUGACGCCAGCUUCCUGGUUCAGUAUUUCACACGGUUCACUGAGGAGGGCUUCUCCUGUCUCAUCAGCUUCAUCUUCAUCUACGAUGCCUUCAAGAAGAUGCUUAAACUAGCUCACCACUAUCCCAUCAACGCCGAGUUUAAGCUGGAGUAUGUUACGCAGUACGACUGCCUCUGUAUGGCCCCGACGAUCCUAGAGAACAGUUCAGAAGUCGUCGGCGAUCCUUUGGAAGGUACUUCAGUCUGGUACUGGAACAACACGGACCUGCCGAUGAACGCCACAUGGUCGUCCCUCACGAAGACAGAGUGCUUAAAGUACAAAGGAGAGCUGGUGGGGAAGUCCUGCGAGUUCGUCCCGGACAUCGCCCUCAUGUCCUUCAUCCUGUUCUUUGGCACUUACACCUGCUCCAUGUGUCUGAAGAAGUUCAAGACGAGCCCGUUCUUCCCCACCACCGUGAGGAAGCUCAUCAGUGACUUUGCCAUCAUCCUGGCGAUCCUCAUCUUCUGUGGAGUUGAUAUUCUUGUAGGAGUCGAUACUCCUAAACUCAUAGUGCCAACUGAAUUCAAGCCAACAAGUCCUCACAGGGGCUGGUUUGUGCCCCCGUUUGGUGGAAACCCCUGGUGGGUGUACAUUGCCUCUGCUCUUCCUGCCCUGCUCGUCACUAUUCUGGUCUUCAUGGAUCAACAGAUUACCGCUGUGAUCGUCAACAGGAAGGAGCACAAGCUAAAGAAAGGGGCAGGUUACCAUCUGGAUCUGUUCUGGGUGGCCGUCCUGCUGGUGAUCUGUUCCUUCAUGGGUCUGCCGUGGUACGUGGCUGCCACAGUCAUCUCCAUCGCUCACAUCGACAGUCUGAAGAUGGAGACUGAGACAUCGGCUCCCGGAGAACAGCCAAAGUUUUUGGGUGUGAGGGAGCAGAGGGUCACCGGUGUGGUUGUGUUCAUCCUGACAGGACUGUCUGUAUUUAUGUCUCCUAUUCUGAAGUUCAUCCCCAUGCCUGUGCUGUACGGAGUCUUCCUCUACAUGGGAGUCGCCUCUCUCAACGGAGUGCAGUUCAUGGAUCGUCUCAAGCUGCUUCUGAUGCCAGCCAAACAUCAACCCGACCUGAUUUACCUGAGACACGUCCCCCUCAGGAAGGUCCACCUCUUCACAUUCAUCCAGAUCCUGUGCUUGGCCCUGCUCUGGAUCCUCAAGUCCACUGUAGCUGCGAUCGUGUUCCCCAUCAUGAUCCUCGCCCUGGUCGCCGUCAGGAAAGCCAUGGACUACAUGUUCUCCCAGCACGACCUCAGCUUCCUGGACGACGUCAUCCCAGAGAAGGACAAGAAGAAGAAGGAGGAUGAUAAGAAGAAGAAGCGAGGGAGCAUAGACAGUGACGCUGAAGAUGAGAGAAGUCCCCUUCAUUCCUUGAACGACACACGUCGUGCUGAGCAGCUUCGCUACUACCAGGCUAGAUGUUUGUCCAGCCCUGAGAUGAGUCCGCUGAAGUCUGUGCCUCAGAUUAGAAUAGACAUGGACCCAGACGAUGAUAAUUCAUUUUACUGGAAGAGCCGAGGAUCAGAGACGUCUCUGUGAAGCACCGAGCUGAGCAGGCGGUGAACCCUGCAGCACCUGCAAGACGACGCUUCUCCUGUCCUCUUCCUUUUUUUUUUUUUUUUGUUGUUGUUGUCGUUUUUGUUUUUAACUCCAAAAUCUUUUCUAUGAUUGAAGGACUUUGGUCUGAAAAGAUGGUACAGAAAAAAAAAGGGAACUUACUCCAGACAAAAGCUGUCUAACACUCUGACAUUUAAGAAAAGUUGUUUUUUUCUAAUAAUGAAACAUUUCCUUCUUUUGAGUCUUCUCUUUGUAUCUCUCUCACAGAGUAAAAAGUCUCACUCAAACACACUUCAAUAUAACUCCUUCCUACUCUUCUAUGCAACUCUUCUCACACAUCACUGACGAGCUGCAGCUCUCUGACCACGCAUGGGAAACCCUCCCUCGCUCUUUUUAUAUGAAAAUAUAUAAAUAUCCUCUAUCUGACUUUUUAUAUACAUGGAAUUACUCUAAUAACAUUUUCCUGUAGCAGGAAAAGUAUGUUUUUUUAUAGCUCUACCUCUAUGUUUUAGGAUAAAUGCUUAUCGUGACACAAUGACACAUGUUGAUUUUUGACACAGCAUGUCAUCUCUGUCAUCUCGUAGAGUUCAAAUGAUUCCAGAGCUUCACUGUCUCAUAGUUCGUGUGCAGAUAGAUUCUAUAAGUUAACAGUGAAUUAACAAUGCAUAUGUGUAUGUGCAGAUGAGGUACAUAUUUUUACGAUCACUUUUUGAUGCAGUUUUCAUCGCUUCACUUUCUCUUUCUAAGUUUCUGAACUUUUCUUUCAUGUCUUCACUUCAAACUUUUGUUACUUGUUUAAAUUAAUCAAAGGUUUCUUUGUCUUUUUUUUUCCUUUUUCUUUUUUAAAAAAUGAUUACAUAAUGUGUUUGAUUUUCUUUAUUCUCGUGUCCUUUCUUCAUUUUAUGGGUAGUAAACAGUAAAGCGAUUCAUAAUCAUCUGAUAUAUUUCAGCCAAACUUUAACUCUAACUAGGAAUGCAUAUCAUAUGAUUGCUUGUGCUGCACAAACUACUUUACCUAAGUGGCUUAUAAGACAUCGAUCCAGACUGAAACACUCAGACGAUCCAAAUGAUAAGAAGGGAAUUGAAUCCAUGUCAACUCCAUGCUGUCCGACACUUUCAGUCUGACCCUGAUAACAUGUUAGAGCUUCCAAGAACAUAAACAUAUCUUCAUGUGGUACUCACGCCAUUUUUUUUUUACUGAGUUAUGUUCACUGUUCGUAUUCUUCCUCCUCUUACAGGCUUAGACACAAUCCCUCACUAAAGAGUAGCAUCCUAAAUUCUUAAAUUAUCCCACUUCAAUUAAAGGGAAACACUGAACUUUAUACUCCACUUUAUGUACUCUUACACACUUACACAUCUCUAUCUAUACAAGUAUCUAUGAUUGGCCCAACAUGUCCCAACUACAUCAUUGAAAUUCUCUUGCAUGCUUCUGUUGUUGAUUAAAGUGAAAUAAUCUGAAUUAUAUUAUUGCAAUGUAAAAAGGAAACAACUUAAACUUUGCAAACUUGAGGUACAAAGAGCUCUUGACUGUUUUGAUUUAACUUAUUUUAUAUUAGCAUGCAGCCCAAAGUGUUUCACAAAAAAAACAGAAACAGAAAACAACAAAAAUUUGCAAAAUAAUGAAAUAUAUAAUCAUAAAAAAAUACUUAAAAAUAAAAUAAAUACAGUUAAGUUAAUAAAAUAAGUAAGAGUAGAAAGCAAAAUUAAAAAUCUGUUAAAGUUAAAAUAAUCAGAUAAAUACAAGAAAUAAAUAGAUAAGUAAUUCAAUAAGAUAAAUCAAGGUUGUUAAUACAAAACAAAAGAAAUUACUCUAAAUUAAAAGCCAGUUUUAAUGUCCAGAGGCAGAGAGCUCCACAGUUUGGUUGCUGGUGCUUCUGUGAGACACAAUAAAUAUUUAAAAGAGAAGCAUUUGAUAUUUAAGUUGAGGAUCUGAGUACCUCUGCCGCCAUCACUGUUUUGUAUUGAAGUCAUCACAAGUCCUGUGUCAAGGCUUUGACGCCUGUCUUCAAUGUUCCCACAAAGUUUACUAAAGGAAACAACACAAAUGUAGUUUUGUGCUUUAAUAAGAUUGGUCAGAGGAUAUUGGGGUGAAAAAAGGUGCUGUGUCCACUGCAGCCUUUUUUUUUUUUUGCAUUGGCAGCACCCUCGACCUCAAUUUCAGAGCGCUUCUCACCAGCGUUUACUUACUUCGGCAAGGUUCCGAAAGUAGUCCUGCCAAAUAUGGACCGCUGGGUCUGUUUGAAAAUACUCUGUGUGCUUCAUACUACUUCAACGACAUUUCAUCAAGAAACUGGUGAUGAGAAAUCAUGUCAUUGCAUCAGCAGCAGCUCUUAAAGGUGACAUAUCAUGCUUUUUUCAUCAAUAUAUAUUGGUCUAAGAGGUCUCCAAAACAUGUCUUUAAAGUUUAUGCUCAAAAAAAACACUUUGAAAUCAGAUUUUGGUCUGCCUGAAAACCCCUCUUCUUCAGUCCUCCUCAGAACAGCCUGUUUUCUCUCUGACCACGCCCCCUCAGGAAGUGGAUGUGCCUCGGCUCUCCAGCACGUUGAUCUAAUGUUUACAUGUUGGCUGAAUAUACACACUGCUCACAGACCCGCGUUACUUCAACCCUCUGAAUCUGAUCCAGAAUCUGAUCCUGACGGAGAGGCGCCUGCAGCAGGACCUCUCUGAACCAUUGGUCACAGAUUUAGUGUUUCUUGUUGUUUUAUUUAUCAGUAUGUCGACGUGUGUCUUGGUACACAGCUACGCACAUAUAGCUAUGUGGCUAUGCUAACUAGGGCUAGCACUUAUCCAUGAUAAACAAAAAUCAUCCACUAGAUCUUCAAAUCUGCAGACGUGGGGAGUAAAACCGACCUCUGCCAGAAAGGCAGCAGGACCUUUCUGAAGGAUUGGUCACAGAUUCUGUUACUUGUUGUUUUAUUUGUUAGUAUGUAGACGUGUGUCUUGGUACACAGCUACAGCUACAGCUACAGCUACAGCUACAGCUACAGCUACAGCUACAGCUACAGCUACAGCUACAGCGACAUGUAGCUGUGUAGCUAUGCUAACUAGCGCUAGCACUUUUCCAUGGAAAAUAAAAAUCAUCCACUAGAUCUUGCCUCCCUCCUAAGCUCCUUGUUAGCACACAUGUGUGCAGGGAAUGAAAAACAGAGGAGGGGUUGAGUUGUAUUUUAUACAGUCUAUGGGCUGAACAAGCUCCGAGCUCUGACUCAGUUACAGACCGGAUAUUGUUGUGACGUAACAAAAACACUGAAAACUGAAACGGCUGGUUUCAGCACACAUUUACAGAAAGGUGGAGAAAUCAGAACAGGGGCAGAAUGGAUUUUGUAGACAUGCCAGGGAAACAUAUUUCAGGUAGAGAACCAUUAAAAAGUCGAUUUUGCAUGAUAUGUCACCUUUAACUCGAAAAUUGUCCCUAAAAAAAACAAGGGUGAUGACUUUUCUCCUCCACAUGGACCCUUGCCUUUGCUGUUGACAAAGCUGACAUCAGAAGCCCCGCCCCUUCUUGAUUCUGAUUGGUCGGUGAUCAAGGGAGUGACAUUGAUGAGCGGCGGUGGUGUUCCAAAAGUUGAACUCUUUUCACAUUGGGUUGGAAUAGAAAAUAGGCAGCAGUGGACACAGCACCUACAAGUCAAAGUCCCUGCUGAAGUGAAAACAAAAAGGGGGGCAGGGACUACUUUAAAAACUGAUUUAAUUGAAGGACUACUGGAUUAUAACUAACACGAGUAACUUGUGUAACAAAAUAUGAAAGUAAAAAAGCUGUCACUGAGUACAAAGUGCAGUAUGACCCUUGAAUUGUUUGAGUAGACAGAGUAACAAACAAGUCCAAGUAAAGUAGCUCAUAGAGGGACAACCAUCAUAAUAAAAACACCUCUCUAUUGGGAGAUUAACAUUUGAUUCUGUACCUUUAAAAGCCUUUGAAAUGCUUUUAAUAUGUCUUUGUGUCCCUUAGUUUUACAUGGUAAUCACAUCAGGGAUUGAUCUGCAAACACUAAGAAGCAGGCCUCUCACAGUUGAUCACUUCAGUAUCUCUAUGUUCUCUCUAAAGGCACACUGAAGCACUUUCUCACUUGUUCUUUGAGUGUAAACGUGUCACAGAUUUCAUGUCUUCAUCACCGCUUUGAUUAAACCGUUUAACAAACGAGCCGCCUUCCUCCUCCUGAGAAUCAUGUACAUACGAUAAGAAGGCAUGUCGGCUCCAACCAAAAUGCAACAACUUGUUUUGUACCAUCACGUUUGUUGUGUUUUCUUUUCUUUUGUUUUUUUUUGCUCAGUUUGUUUCAGAUUGUUAAAGGAGCCUGUUGUAACUCCACAUCAGUGUUUAAAGCCGUCAUCGGCUCAGAGUGGAGACAAAUGUGACUUAACGUCUGAGUGGGAAGUGAGUCUCGCUGUGUCGGCAAGUCGGACAAAAAUCUACAACAUAAAAAAAAACGUGUUAAUUUUAGCGUUCAGAGUACUGAUUCUAUGAUUGUUUUUUGUUUUGGAUUAACUUUUUGUGACUUUUAGAACAGGUGAAAUGGUUUAUUUUAGAGUUUAUAUUUUUCAAAUGAAAUGUAUAUUGCAAAUAAACAGAAUGAUCAAACAGUGA